UCCUCCUCCUCCCUCAUUGUAUUUAUUUAUUUAUUUAUUUAUUUUACCCCUCCCUCUCAGACCUGCUGCCCAUUUAUCCCGAGUAUCUCUCUCUUCUUGAUUCUUCUUCUUCCUCUGAAUCCCGGGUUCGAGCUUCCCCAUCCGGGAAAAUCCCCACUUCUUCAGCAUUUCUUCUUUACAGCCUGGGGGCAAGAUCUGCAGACGGCAAGAAUACCACCGACGGCGAUGAGGCCGGAGACGCGCCUCGAUUCCGCCGCCUUCCAGCUCACCCCCACCCGCACCAGGUGUGAUUUGAUUGUGAUAGCGAAUGGGAGGAAGGAGAAGAUCGCCUCCGGCCUUCUGAAUCCCUUCGUCGCCCACCUCAAAGCCGCCCAGGACCAGAUUGCCAAGGGAGGCUACACCAUCCUGCUCGAGCCGGAUCCGGCCGCCGACGCGCCAUGGUUCACCAGGGGCACCGUCGAGAGGUUCGUCCGGUUCGUGAGCACGCCAGAGGUCCUGGAGCGGGUGACAACCAUCGAGUCCGAGAUACUGCAGCUCGAGGACGCCAUCGCCGUCCAGAGCAAUGAAAAUCUUGGACUCAAAUCUGGAGAAGGCCAUAAUGGGAAAACGAUUGACGGUGUGGAAGGUGGCAAGACAGGUUACAAUACUGAUGGUGAUAAGGCACUUGUUCUGUACAAGCCUGACACACAUCUAGCGUCCCCACUGCAGAAUGACGACGGAGUACAUGAGGAGCAUUCAAAAGUUCAGCUUCUCAGAGUGCUGGAGACUCGCAAAACUGUCUUACGUAAAGAGCAGGCUAUGGCUUUUGCACGUGCUGUAGCUGCUGGGUUUGAUAUAGACAACCUGAUAUAUUUGAUCUCGUUCGCAGAGCGUUUUGGUGCUGCACGCUUGAUGAAGGCAUGCACACAGUUCAUUGAUUUGUGGAGGCAAAAACAUGAAACUGGACAGUGGAUUGACGUUGAACCUGAAACAAUGUCUGCACGCUCUGAAUUUCCCCCCUUCAAUGCUUCUGGGAUUAUGUUUAUGGGAGAUAAGGAAACAAUGUCUGUCUCUAAUGGAGAUACAAAUGGCGAAGAUGCUGCUAAAGCUGAUCACAGGACACAUCAGCACCCAGGAGCUCCCCAUGAUUACCAUCAUGGUCCAUAUCAAUCAGGAUAUCCACCAUGGGCAAUGCAUCCUCCUUACCCCAUGCAAGGCAUGCCACCAUACUACCCUGGGGCGAACCCAUAUUACCCUCCUCCCUAUCCCCCAACAGAUGAUCAUAGGUACAACCACUCGGAAAGGAGACCAUCAAGGAAGCACUCAGCAGAUAGCAAGGACUUCGACAACUCCGAUGAUGAAAGUGACGACCAAAGCGGUUCAGAGAGGGAGAGUUCUCAUGGCCGCAAGUCCAGUAAAAAAGGCAAGCGCUCGGGCAAGAAGAAUGUAAUUGUCAUACGCAAUGUAAAUGUAACAUCAAAGAAGAAGCAUAGGUCAUCAGAGAGCGAGUCACACUCAGGCUCGGAUAUGUCAUCAGAGGAUAGUGAUGAUUCACACAGAAAAUCAAGCAAGAGGAAUCAUAAGCGCUCGAGUUCGAAGAAAAAAGGGGGCAAGAAAACCACCGAGUCUGAAGAUGAGUACACCAAGGAUGGAACGUCUAAUGGGCAGCAAGAUGGAGAUCAAGGAAACUGGAAUGCGUUCCAGAACUUCUUGCUCAGAGAUGAAGACAAGACAAGAGAUAAUAAUGACGCGGAUAUGUUUGCCAGUGAAAGAGAGCCACCACCACCACCUAGGAGGAGAGAGACCACAAGAAAUAUGGAUGAUCCUAUUCUUUUAUCCGAGCGAGGUUCUGCUGAUGUUGAUGAGCGGAAUGGAAUACCUUUCAACACAGCCAAUGGGAGAAUUAGGGCCAGGCAGAUAAUGUCUGGUGAUGAACUUAUGAUGUCUGGGGAAGGGCGGAGCUUUGUGGAUGGCGACAUGAAGGAGAUAGAAGCCGGAGGUGGGGGAUACAGAAGAGGGGCAAAUGAUGACUUCAUGGUUUAUGGACAUGACAACUCAAUGGACAGGGGGAGCUCCUUGGACCCCCUUGCCGAGGGGCAUUACAAGAGACCCACUGUGGAGGAAAAGAAGAAUGUGCACGGUGUGGAUGAGUCUUUCAUGAUACCUGUUAGCUCCAGCUCACAGGAUAACCUUGGAGCUGAUGGCCGUACUGCCAUUGACAUCGAUGCCGAGCUUAGCUCAAGUGUUGUUCACAAAACAUCAGAUGAUGCUAAGGCUGGAGCUGAACUGUUCUACGAGCCAGAUGAAUUGAUGCCAGAGCGUGGAUUUGAAGAUGUUUCAUUUGGAUAUGACCCAUCAAUGGACUAUGAUAGCCACAUGCAGAUUCAUCCUGACGUUGGUGCUGAAGAUGCAAAUGCAGAGAAUUUAUCAGCUUGCGUCGAGGACGAAGAAAAGAUGCCAGGCAAAGAUAAGAAGCUUAGAAGCUCACAGGAGGGUUUGGAUAAAAGAAGGAAGGAUGCCUCAGCAAGGAGAUUGUCAGCGCCCAAAGGCCCACUAACCGAUGCACAGAAACGCGCGCAAAACCUACGGGCGUAUAAAGCGGGCCUUCAAAAGGAAAAGAAGGAGCAGGAAGCCGAACAGAUCAAACGGCUCGAAAGGCUUAAGCAAGAGAGGCAAAAGAGGAUUGCUGCAAGAACUGGUGCAUCUAAUCCAGUAUCAACACCGCCGCAGGCUAAAGCAAAACCUUCUCCAAAGGUUUCUCCAAGUACUCACAAGAGUUCGAAGUUCACUGACGCUGAACCAGGAUCCUCUUCGCCUCUAAGAAAAAUUAUUCCUGCCAGAAGCAGUACCCCAGGGAGUGAUCCUCAGAAAACAGCCAAAGCAAGCAAACUCGGCGGUGACAAUUCAAGUGCAGUGAGCAAGUCAAUCUCAUCCUUGGCCGACAUAAAAAAGGAGAGAAGUGGCAAAACUGAAUCGUCCAUUGAGCGAUUGAAAAAGCUUGCUCAACCUAAAAGCAAUACUUCAACUGACCAUCCUUCGAAUCCCAAGUCAGCCAGCGUGGACCACCAACGGAGAAGAAGCUUGCCGGAAGAUGUGCAGACCAAGAAAAUCUCCGCCAUAAUGCAGCUCGACGAGACCAAAUCGGCAGCCUUACCAGAGCUGAAAGUCAAAUCCCCACGAACCCCUGCUGCUGUCGUUGUGAAGAAUAGGAUGGUGGCUAAAGAAACAAAAGAGGCGCCACGUGGUGGAGCUAAAGCACACCCUAUUAUUUCAGAAAGUAGAGAUGGAAAGAAAUCUUCCAACAGUAAAGCUUCCAGGAUAAGCAACAGCGAUGACAAUGUGGUGGUUGAGAAGACCGUUGUUAUGCUUGAAAACGAAGUGGUCUCUACGCCUCCUGUUGUUCUACCUCCUGGAAGAACUGCAGAGAGCGAAGCUCGCCGCAGUGACCGAAUGGAGAAUCCCAGUCUGGAACAGGAGUAUACUGCCAUCAGGGCUCCACCUUCUCCGGUGGAUCUUCCUGAAGAUGCAAAUCCUAUCAUCCAUACAUCUGACAACCAGUUAAAUUCAUACGAGGUGGAUGUGCCCGAGUACCAGAAGGAUGAGCUUGAGAAGCCAACCUUACCUCCCAUGGAGAAACCUUAUGAGGCCCCUUUCGCCAGGGUAACAUCAUUGGAGGAUGCUUCAAGCAAGGCUCCCGCUUUCAACCACCACCCAUUACCCGCGCAGGAACCCGAAACAUUUGCCCGUGCAGAGAGCGUGAGGGCACGCGUACCGGAGCCUACUGCGUAUGCAGUCUCAGCCGAGGAGACACAUGAAGAAAACGACAAGCCUCGAAGCAAAGAACCGAAAGGCUUCAGGAAACUGCUGAAAUUCGGGAAGAAGAGCCAUACUUCAACAAUGGAUUCCGAUGCGUCAUCGGUCGACGAAGCCCCUGCAGGAGAUGGUUCGAUGCUGAAAAACCUCAUUUCACAAGACGACUCCGCGGGCUCUUCUUACAAAGCUUCUCGGUCCUUCUCCCUGCUGGCGCCGUUCCGCAAGAACAAGGUCAUCGUGCUGUGAUGUGAUGUGAGGAUUUUCUUGGUACUAUUUUUGUUGUUGAUGAGGCUGGCUUGAUUGGGUGUCGAUUGAGAUAAUUUAGUUUGAUGAUUUCUAGUACGUACAUACAUACAUACAUACGUGCAUAUUAUAUAUAUAUAUACUUGCACUCUACGCUUGUGUUGUGUUGUUUGUAAUCAGUAUGUGUAAUCCUUUACAUUGUAUUUGCAAUCUACACGUUAACGCUUGCUUGCUCGUA